CCAGGUUUGGCAGCUUGCCCAACUUGCGGCCACUUUGCAUUAAGAGGCCUCGCUUUCCUCAGCUCAGGGCCAGGCCUAUAGUGGCAUCAGCAAAUGUUUCUUAAAAGCUUGCCCAAGCCUUCCAAGAAGAGGAACGCAACAUUGAAGUGAAUUGGUGCACAGCAUGGCCAAUGGUCGUCAGCAUGUGAUGAGCGGAGCGAGGCGGCAGAAGCGGCCUGCACCAAUCUGUGCAAUUUCUGACAACAUCGAGGUGUGCGUGCAUGAGACGAUAGUCCGGAAGUAUGGGCCUGGGCCGCUCGAGCAGGCGCGCAAGUUGCUUGAUAAGACGGAUCUCAGAGCUGCUGCAGGCCUGGCUGUUGCGACUCUAGCUUUCUGGAAGUUCAUUCAGAGGAGAAGGAGGACGCACGAUGACAGGAGGUCUGAGAAUGAGGAGCGGGUAUCAGAAGCGACGAAAGGGGAAACUAGGAAAGAGUGGAAGAGGUCUGGCGAGGGCAAACCACCUACUGACGACGAGAAUGUCGCAGCUGAAGGGGUGCAUGAGCUGGUAGAAACCAGGCGUGCUCUGGAACUUGACCUGGAAGAAAGUGCUGCGGAGAGAAGAGCAGCUGAGGAGGGGUUGCGGCAGGGCUUUGAACGCCAGCUGCUGGUAGAGGAAAGGGGGGUCCCCUAUAGCUCUGCUGAGACCCCCCCUUUAGAGGCAACCAGCCCAAGAGCAGAAGACAGCCCCGUUGCUGCGCUUUUAGCAAAGGCGAAAGCCACGUCUGAAAAGGUUGACAGGAUUCACGAGCGGCUCAGGCGGCUGUCCAAAGGUGACGCGCCGAAAUAGGGGACUUCGUUUUCGAAAAUAGCAG